AAUCUCCCUGGGAGUUCGACUUGAUUGUGGAAAAUAUAGAUAUAGAAGAAAAAUUUAUUGGAUUGCGUGAAAUAUUAUACAAACCAAAAAAUAAAUUGACAUCAUUUAAUUAUGGAAUCAUUGAUCUUAAUGAUCAAAACAUCCAAAUUGAAUUAGGAACUUCCACAGGCAUGGAAAAGUUGGCAGAUUCAUUGAAUAGUAUUAAAAUAAAUUAUAAAAAUUUGGAUGAAGAUGUUUUGUACCUAAAAAGAAACCUACCCGAGGGCUGGUACAACAGCAACAUAGUUACGCCCAUAUUUGACGAUUGCAUGGCAAAGCUGAUGGAAUUUGUUCUGAGCGGUAAUUAUUUACAAGACUUUUUUUAUGCUUUGAUUUUAUAUUUUAACCAACUUUUAUGGCCAUUAUUCUUGAAUAGUGGGGAAAUUACGAGCAAAAUACAAAAGGCAACCAUAAAAAACCCCAAAAAACGCAAGAAAUACAACGGCAUUAUGUCAUUGACUAAUUCGAUUGAAUUUAUAUAUAUUGAGACAGCUACUACCACCGACGCAAGCAAACAGAUAAAAGAUUUAUCUAAAUUAUACGAGGCAAUUUCAAUUAUACAACGAGUAGAGCUAACAGAUUAUUGGCCAAAACAAUAUCCAGAAUCUACCACAGGAAUAAAAUUUUUGGUGAUGUAUCUAGGACGGGUUGAUACUCCCGGUGUCAGCACAUCAAUGGAAAACUUUUACAACAAUUUUAAAAAUCAAUUAAAAUCUAUUGAUCAAGGAAUUGAUACAACUUUAUGGGCAGCAUUUAGUAAGGAAGUAUCAGAUAUUUCCAGUGAAUCAUUCUUGUUCAAUAGGCAGGUAGUUUCAUCACACUUGUCAUUGGCUCAAACCAAAUCUAUUCAACAAGAAGUUGAAGCUUUAGUAGAGCAAAUUGAUAAUUAUGUAGAUGUAGCCUUAAAUUUUUGA